AUGUCUAACAGCAGCUCCAUCAGCCACUUCCUCCUGCUGGCAUUGGCAGACACGCGGCAGCUGCAGCUCCUGCACUUCUGCCUCUUGCUGGGCAUCUCCCUGGCUGCCCUCCUGGCCAACGGCCUCAUCAUCAGCGCCGUAGCCUGCGGCCACCACCUGCACACGCCAAUGUUCUUCUUCCUGCUCAACCUGGCCCUCAGCGACCUGGGCUCCAUCUGCACCACUGUCCCCAAAGCCAUGCACAAUUCCCUCUGGGACACCAGGGACAUCUCCUAUGAAGGAUGUGCUGCACAGCUCUUUCUGUUUCUCUUCUUCAUUUCAGCAGAGUAUUUUCUCCUGACCAUCAUGUGCUACGACUGCUACGUGUCCAUCUGCAAACCCCUGCACUACGGGACCCUCCUGGGCAGCAGAGCUUGUGCUCACAUGGCAGGAGCUGCCUGGGCCAGUGCCUUUCUCAAUGCUCUCAUCCACACAGCCAACACAUUUUCCCUGCCCCUGUGCCAUGGCAAUGCCCUGGGCCAGUUCUUCUGUGAAAUCCCACAGAUCCUCAAGCUCUCCUGCUCACACUUCUACUUCAGGGAAGUUGGGGUUUCUGUUUUCACUACCUUGUUAGCAUUUGGCUGUUUUGUGUUCAUUGUUUUCUCCUAUGUGCAGAUCUUCAGGGCUGUGCUGAGGAUCCCAUCUGAGCAGGGACAGCACAAAGCCUUUUCCACCUGCAUCCCUCACCUGGCUGUGGUCUCCCUAUUUGUCAGCACCUCAUUUUUUGCCUACAUGAAGCCCCCCUCCAUUUCCUCCCCAUCCCUGGAUUUGACAGUGUCAGUUCUGUAUUCGGUGGUGCCUCCAGCUCUGAACCCCCUCAUCUACAGCCUGAGGAACCAGGAGCUAAAGGCUUCAGUGUGGAGACUGAUGACUGGAUGGUUACAGAGACAUUAA